AUGAGUGGUCCUGUUUCUUUAUCACAAAGAUUUCGAAAUACUGGAGCGGCUAUGAUAAAAUAUGCUAACAACGCUCUAACAUUGGAUGAAGAUUCCAUAAGACGUUUAGCUGUCAAUCACUCCGGUGUUCUUGGCUCUUUCUAUGAUGUAAGAACAGAUCAAAUACUUAAAACAUUACCAUUGGGGAAAACUCCCACAACAAAAAUAAUACCCGUGGAAGUAGUCCGAUGUACCGUAAUGAACAGUGAUACAUUUGAUUGUCAAAAGUUAUUUCAUGAUAUUGGUAUUCAUGAUGAACUAUGGCUGAAUGUUAUCUUAAAUAUUGUACCAGGAGAAGGUAUGCUUUCAUUAGUUAAUUAUUCAUUUCCGAGCAAUCAAAACAUUCGAUUUUUUUACUAUUAUUAUUCUGGUCAACAUGAAUCAAUUAAAUUUGCUCCAAAGGUAGUUAGACAAUAUAUUCCGAGAGAGAUACCUAAAAUCAAUGCAACUCACAUUAUUUCAGGAAUCAAAUCAGGUAUUCAAGUGCUUGCCGUAUUAGAACUAUCUUCUAAUAAUGAAACUUCUCUUGAUAUAUUAUUCCAAGAAAUAUGUAAACGAUUAACAACUGACAAGUUUGAAUUAAAAACAGCAGAGAAAAUUUCCCUGAGUCGAAUCAAGAUUAUCGAAAUCUUCUCUAAUACACCUGAACUAACCCAAAUACACCAAUUACCUGUACUAUUGGACUCAAUAACUAUAAAAAUGCCACAUGCUUACCGUUACCAUCCGUUGGAAUAUAGUCUUCGUGAUAUCAAAUGGUUUUAUCCUAAUCACUCUGCCCAGGAAGAUAAAUUUAUUCUGCUUGAAUCCUCAUUUCAUAGAAGUGUCAAACAAUAUUUGCUUCAGUUAUCAACUCAAAAACCAGAGUUAGUUAUUCCGAUCGAACAAGAAGCGAGAAAUGCAAUGGAAGAAUAUUCUCAAGCACAACUUGAUAUAGUCCAAAACAAAAUCAAAAAGGCACUAACAACAUAUCCACGAGAAACCACACGCAUUUGUGAUUUGAUUAUUAAAGUUCGAAAGGGAAUACUUUCGUAUGAGCAAGCCACCAUAACUCUCACUAAAAAAUUCAACAUAUUAUUACCAAAUGAAAUUAACAUUCCUACAAAACAUUCUCAGGUAUCUUCGAAUAAUGAAAACUUCAUAAGCGAUUUCCAACAGAAAAACAAUAAAGAUUCAAAUAUUACAAAUGAACAGCCUACGAGUAUAAACGAAAAAAUCACACCACCGAAACCACUAGUAUUGCCAAAUAAAAAUAUUCAAACGGACCAUUCUCAAGUACCUGCAAAUAAUAAAAAUAGCGUAAACAAUUCCCAACAAAAAAAUACCGAAGAUUCAAAUCCUUCAAGUGAACAGCCUAAGAGCACAAAAAAAACACAUACAUCAUGGCAACCACCAGUAUCGUCAAAUGAAAACAUGUCAGCAAACGAUUCUCAAGCAUCUACAAAUAAUAAAAAACGCACAAACGAUUUGCAACAAAAAAAUACUAAGAAUUCAAAUAUUCCAAAUAAACAAUCUAAUAACAUUGAUGAAACAGUCACACCAAUGAAAUCUCCAAUAUCAGUAAAUGAAAUACAUAUUUUUGUACUAAGUGAAAAAUUAGCACAUGAUCAAAAACCAAAUAGUCUAUCAAAUAUGCCAUCAAUAUCAAUUUCAGAACUCGUACAAUCAUCAAAAAACCAGUCAAAUGACAAUGAAAGAUUAUUGGGUUCACCAAGUUUGAAAAAUUCUUCAUCGUCGAAUAAUCAAUUCCCAUUAAAUGAAUACUUCAACGGUGAACAAAUGCAAGAUCACUUACCAGAAUUACAGACUCAAUCAACUUCUGACUUAACACCAUCAACUAAACAACAGGUUGAUACGUUACCAUCUCUGCCAACUACUAAUUAUAUCAAUGUUCUUCUGCUCGGUGAAUCUGGUGUAGGUAAAUCAACAUUCAUCAAUGCUUUUGUCAAUUAUCUUCAAUUUGAAACGUUUGAAGCAGCUCGUUCAAGUGACCCUGUAAUACUUAUGCCUGUCUCAUUUCUUUUGACAGUUGGUCACAGUUUUGAAGAGCAAAUUGUUAAAUUUGGUGAUGCCGAUUCCAAUGAAGAUUAUGAUCAUCCGGGUCAAUCAGUAACUCAACAUUGUAAAUCGUAUGUUUUUAAAAUUGAUACUCACACUUACUUUAGAAUAAUUGAUACACCAGGAAUGGGUGAUACUCGUGGUCUAGAUCAAGAUGAUUACAAUAUGCAACAUAUUUUAUCAUUUAUCAAUAAUCUCUCACAUUUAAAUGCAAUUUGUAUACUUCUUAAGCCGAAUGAAUCAAAAUUAAAUAUUGUUCUUCGAUCAUAUUUCACUCAUUUACUUAAUUUUCUUAGUGAAAAUGCUCGUCAUAAUAUUAUCUUUUGUUUUACGAAUACUCGAUCAACUUUCUUUGCUCCAGGUGAUACUGCUCCAUUAAUCAAAAAAAUGAUUAAUAAUUUACCAACUAAAGAUAUUCCAUUUAAUAAAUCGAAUGUUUUUUGUUUCGAUAAUGAAGCAUUUCGUUAUUUAAUUGCUCUUCAAAAUAAAAUCGAAUUCGAUACAUAUGAAGAAGAAGAAUAUCAAACAAGUUGGAAAGUGUCAGUAACUGAAUCAAAUCGACUUUUUCAAUAUAUUUCUGAAACGUUAGACCCUUAUGAUCAUAGUCAAUGGCAAUCAAUUGAACAUUUACAAAUUAAAAUCAGUCAAAGAAUCUUUCCGAUAUUAGAAACAAUGCGAAAUAUGCUUCGAAAUAUUAUAUUGAAAAAAGAAAAGCAUUCAAAGACACAAAUAAAGCUUAAUCUUGUUAUUAUCCCACAAUCUUCAAGUAUUUCUUAUGAGACCAAACGUACUUCAAAGCAACACAGCAAUAUUUGGAGUCUACCUGAUGAUUUGUAUUUAGUUUAUGACGAAUAUGAUGAAUAUGAUUGUAUUCUUAAGAAACAUAUUGACGACAACUAUAUACUUAAAUAUGAAAUUACCUAUGAAGAAGAUGAACAAUCUGAUAUCGAAAUGAAGUCCAAUUACAAUCAACUUAAAGAAGUUGUUUUUGAGUUUGCUCACUUUUAUGUUUAUGUUUCGAAUACAUCAAAACUCAAAGAUCCUUUCUUGAAUGCACUCAAACAAAUAAUUGAUGAGGAAAGUCAAAUUUGUUCAGCAAAAGGUUCUCAAUGUCUGAACUCACAAAUACGAAAUAUAUUGAUUGAAUUAAGAAAAAAAUAUGAAGAAAAGCAAAAUGCAUUCAAAUUGAAAUGUCCAAAUAUCGAUUUACAGAAGAUCUAUAAACUAAUCGAAACUAUUAGCACGAUUGAUGAUAUGAAAAAACAAUUGGAUAUUAUUGAACAAGGCCAAGAAAAUUAUCUGAAGCAGCAUGAAAAGGAAAUUUCCUACAGGUUUGAAUAA